GCCUGGGACCUUCUUCAGCCUUGUGGGAAAGUGGAUGAAGGCUCGCCGCGAGCACACCACUGACACUGGGAGCAAGUGGAUCUAUUUGACUUUAUGAACCUAUAACAAAUGGAGACUGAUGAUGCAGAGCGCAGUGCUGGAGUGACAGAUGCAUGACCUGUCAUUUCCCUUUCUUCCUUUGUUUUUCCUCCUUGGGAUGUAAUUUCAUUUUUUUUUUUUUUUUAGUUUUUUUCUUUGUUUUGUUUGUUUUUGCUGUGAGCUCUCUCUAUCUGUGGUUUCUUUGCGUGCCUUAGGGACCUGCAGCAAUAACCAGGUGGUCAUUCAUCUUAGGGUCUGUGACGGAUUUUCAUCAGAGGGUGGUGUUUUUUUUUUAAAGAGAAGACAGAGAAGAUCGCAGUGUUGUCGUCAUGAAUCUGAGGCAGCGAGUUAAACUGCUGAAACACUUUGGCUCUGUGCCCCCGGAGCCUCCACCACCGCUGCUGGUGGUGCCUAAACCAGGCAUGGAUGAGUUAGUAAUAUGGGAGCAGCAUACAAUAACGCUAAACAAAGAUCCCAAGCUAGGUUUUGGUUUUGCCAUCUCCGGGGGCCGAGACAAGCCCCACCCAGACGAUGGAGAUACAGCUGUGGUGGUGUCGGAUGUGCUGCCAAACGGGCCAGCCAUGGGACGACUUUUCACCAAGGAUUCGAUUGUGAUGGUCAAUGGAGUGUCAAUGGACAAUGUUCACUCUAACUUCACCAUUCAGACCCUCAAGACGUGUGGCAGGACAGCAAAUGUAACAAUAAAACGCCCUCGGAAGAUCCAGAUCCCAGCGACUUCCAGGCCGACGCGUGCAGCCUCACACUCCAACCUGCUGGAUCACGAGCCUGUCAGAGAGACGCGGCGCUUCUCUGACGGCAGCGACCACCGGGACGGAGGGCGCUACCGCUCCCGCGCUCGCAGCUCCUCGCCUGACCGCAACGGCUACGGAAACACGCUGCCGCUGAUGUCAACGGGGUAUAAAAGGCUGCCACAAAACAACGCUCCGCAAAAACCCAUCAAAACCACUUUGGUCAAGAAGAAGGUCACAGAUGAGUAUGGACUGAAACUUGGCACUCAGAUUUUCAUAAAGCACAUGACGGAGAGCGGUCUAGCUGCAAAGGAAGGCACGCUGCAAGAAGGAGAUCUCAUUCUCAAGAUCAACGGCAUGACGACGGAGAACCUCUCUCUGCUGGAGACCAAGCACCUGGUGGAGAGGAGCAGGGGCAAGCUGACCAUGACGGUCCUCAGGGACGACCGCAAGUUCCUGGUGAGCAUCCCCGAGGUGGAGGACAGCGCCCCCAACAGUGACGAGGACCGCCGCAGAGACAGCAGCUCGGAGCUGGAGGAUAUUUCAGACAUAGAUGAUGAAAUCACACCUCGCAGAACAUCACGCCAACCCACCAGAGAGAAACGGACUCGCAGAACAAGAGCUGAACCUCCUCCACGAGCCAAGUCCCGAGAUUCAUCACCAGUGCGCUCCACAUUGUCCCGGCCCAGUCCAAGGAACUACGCGUCUCGCAGAGCUCCCUCUGAAUCCGAGUCUGACCACAGCGCCUCUCCUCCUCCUCCUCCUGUCAGAAGAGACAGUCCAGAAACGAGAGACCACUCGAGCAAAUACAAAACUCUGUCGGGAAUGUCUACCCUCCCCAACCCUCGCUCCUCUCCCGUCCCGCCCAAAUGGACCACGUCUCGCCCGUCCUCCUCCGCCUCACGGCCUCGCCGGCCCGUGUCAGACUCUGACUCCGACCGCGGCGCCUCCCCUCCUCCACGCAGAGCCAACCCUCCUCCAGACAGUCGAUACAAAGUUCUUCCUGACCUUCCCGUCGCGGGUCUGAGGUCUUCCCCCGUCUUUGUUCAACAGGAGCAUCUGAGAAGAGUCAACUCACCUGUUAGAACCCCCCCUCCAGAUUCGGAUUCUGAAUCGGACGACACGUCAGCGCCUCCUCAGAGGCAGAACACCACGUACAGCCAGGACUCCCUCAGCAGAUACAGAGGGCUGCCAGAAGUUUCCCUGCAGCCUCAGGUGGAGCCGCCGCGGUGGAGCGCUCCCAGCAGCCCGCCACAGGAAGCUCACUCAGACACCGAAUCAGAGGCCAGCUACGCAUCUGUCCCUCGCAGAGACUCCACCGACAGCGGAAACUCCAACAGAGCCAGCGACAGGCACAGAGCGGUGCCUAAGAAAUCCUCCUCAAUCGCUGUGAGGCAGGAGCCUCCACGUCGCAUCCAGUCCCCCGCCAGACCCCCUCCUGAUGAUUCCUCAGAUUCAGAUCCACUUUCCCAUCUCAGGAGGUCUGGCAGCUCUGAGCGGGAGCAGAGCCAUCGCAGUGUUCCUCGGCCCGCUAAUGGAGGCGACACGCUUCGGUCCGGGGUUUCAGUGAAGAACAAUCCACCACUUCACUCCAAGCCUGCAGAAGAGCCCAUCUAUUCCCUACCUCCAGAUUCUUAUCCUUCAUCUAAUCCAGGGUACAGUUCAGAUGUGAAGAUGGUGAGGUUUGUAAAGGAGCGCAGUGUGGGCCUGAGACUCAUGGGAGGAAACGAUGUGGGCAUCUUUGUCGGCGGAGUUCAGCCAAACAGCCCGGCGUACGAACAGGGAAUGAAGGAGGGGGACCAGAUCAUGCAGGUAAAUAAAGUCGAUUUUGGCCAUUUCACACGAGAGGAAGCUGCCAACUUCCUGCUCAACAUCCAAACGGGCGUACCGGUGGAAAUCUGCACGCAGAACAAGAUGGACCUUUAUAAGAAGAUCAUCAAGUCCAACUUGGGAGACAACUUCUACAUCCGCACCCACUUUGACCACGAGGCCGACGGCCCGAUCGGUCUGGGCUUCACCAGGGGAGAGGUGUUCAGAGUCAUGGACACCAUGUAUCGUGGGAAGAUAGGCAACUGGCUGGCCAUCCGCAUGGGCAACGACCUGCAUGAGAUGGAUAAAGGGACGAUCCCCAACCAGGCCAAGGCAGAGAAACUGGCCAUCAUCGAGCGGACCCAGCGGCCCAGUGGAGAGAGGCAGGUCUCGGGUCCGAGAGCAGAGUUCUGGAAACUACGCGGGCUCAGGGGGAAUAAAAAGACUGACAAAAAUGUCAGGAGAACUCGCGAUGACCUGCUGCAGCUCACCAUUCAGGGCAACUUCCCAGCCUACGAGAGAGUCCUGCUCCGGGAAGCUAAUUUCAAACGGCCCAUUGUCAUCCUGGGUCCUCUGAACGACAUCGCCAUGGAGAAGCUGGGCAGAGAGAUCCCUGAUGACUAUGAGAUGGCAGAGAUGGUUCCUCGCAGUGGAGGAGAUAGCAGCUCCACAGUUAUUAAACUGGAUACUGUGAGGAGAAUAGCAGAGAAGGACAAGCACCCUCUGCUGGACAUCACUCCUACUGCAGUGGAGAGGCUGAACUACAUCCAGUACCAUCCCAUGGUGAUCUUCUUAGACCCUCACAGCCGCAAGGAUGUCAAGGCCAUGAGACAGAGGUACAAUCCCGACUCCAACAAGAGCUCCAGACGGCUUUACUCGCAGGCUACCAAGAUGAAGAAAGACUGCAGCCACCUCUUCUCAGCCCGUGUGGACCUGCAGCCCGGUUCCAACAGCUGGUAUGACAGCCUGAAGGAAAAGAUCCGCCACCAGCAGGCCAAACCUGUUUGGGUGUCUGAAGUCACGCUGGAGAGCGGAGCAGAACAUGAUUUGGAUGCUCUGGACCAAACCCAGACGGACUACCUGAGUGCUGCUAGUGACCUGGAGGACACUGAUGGAGAGGCCUUCACAGACGGAGAAGCCUACACUGACAACGAGGACCUGGAGGAGGCUUACCCCGGCCAGGAUGUAUCCAGGCUCCCACACGGCUCCAGGGGACCCGGAGCUGCUUUAGCCCGAUCAUCUGAACCGGCCUCUGGACACCGCAGCCCGACAUUUGAACCGGAGCCCAGCGACGACAGGGACUCGCUCACAGAAAUCCCCCCACUGAUGCUGGUGCCUGAGCCCAAGUCAUCCCGGCGGGAGCGUUACAGCCCGCCUCACAGCCCUGCCGAGGAGGACGAGCUUUCUCACCGCAGUUUUACAGACAUGGACUUCGGUACCCUUGAUGUGGCUGUGCCCAAAUCUCCGUCAGAUGGGCCGCCGGACUUUGUAGCCCCACACCCCUCCACCCGAUACGCGCUGAAUGAACCCGAGUACGCUGAAGAGCAGCCGGAGAGCUCUCAACCUGCCAGCCUGUCUGCCAUCGAAGAGAAAUUACUGCAGACUCGGAUGGCAGAGCCGCAGGCCCAGGCUGAGGAAAAGAAAGGCCCUCCUUUCGUUGUGAUCGCACAUCACGAAGCCGUCCAGUACAGACGCACGCAGAUCCGAGGCAGCGACAGCUCGGAGGACGACGAGGACGUUGACGAGGACAUUGAAUGGGGUCCUGCAACUGAACUUUAGACAACUUGAGGAUUAAACCUGCUGACUUCUGGUCCAGCACAGACAUGAAAACAGUUUCACGCCUUCAAAAAAUGUUGUUUUCUUCCUUGUAAUAUUAUUGUUUUUAAUUUAUCUUAAUAAGGUCUUGUUUUCAGGUUAGAUUGUAAUUAUUCUAGAUUUCUACAACUGUGAAUGAUAAUGCUGAGUUUUAACAUCAAACAAAGUGUUUUUACAUCAACGUGAAGCUCAAAGUGCCUCAUUUGUUUUUAUAUUUAUAUGUUAAAAACUCAUAAAAAACCACAGUUUGCGCUUUGUUGUAGCUGCUGUAAUGAACAAAUUCUAGUUUUAUUAGAAAUUUUUUUAAAAACAAGGCCAUUUAUGAACUAAGUGGACACUUUUUUUUACUUUUUCUACAUUAAACCAUUUCCUGAUUUCAAAGUGGGUUUAUUCAAUUAUCCACAUGACAGAAACCUGCACACAUUAGAUUAUUAUUUAUUGGUUUGUUUACAUUUUCAUUCAUAUAGCAGCUGUGAUCACUGAUGGUAACAUUUUAAUCUACAUUCAUAUAUUAAUAAUUGAAUAGAUGUAGAAAUAAAACAUGUUGCUGUGGACAUAAGUGCUGGUCAUCAGGCUUCACACUCACAAGUUUAAAAUGAAAAAUUUAAAUGCAAAAGAAUACAAGACAUUUUCACUUGAUUUUUAAACUUUUAACACACUCGGUGUUGUCUUUCUCCAUCCACACUUACAGUGGAAAAAUGUUUAUUUGUUAAUUUCAUCAGAUGGGCUUUCAUGCUCGGUUCCUCUGUUUAGUUGCGUGACAGGGAGAUUCGUGUAAUUUAAUUUUUCACUUGCCAUUUCAAAGUAAUAUCGGUUAAAUUUGAUUUCUUCUUUUCAUCAAUGAACCCAAAGAAGGACUGAACUGAGAUAGAAUCAUAAAUCUGUGUUGCAUAAGAAAACCGUUUCGUC